GCACGUCGACCCUGCUGCUGCUGCGCGUUCACGUCGGGCUAUUGUGUUUUUUAUCAACACAAGGACCAGACCACCACCAUCGGGCCUUUGCUACGGAGAGUCUAGUGAUCUAACUUGUUGAAACGCACUGAUUUCCUUCCCAUCAUGACGGACGAGCAAGAAAUAAUGUGCAAAUUGGAGAGUAUCCUGGAAAUACGCAACAAGACUGUGCAGAUGCAGAAGAUCAAAGCUCGUCUCAAGAUCGAGUUUGAGGCGCUGGAGUCGGAGGAAAAGCAUUUAAAAGAGUACAAACAGGAAAUGGACCUCCUUUUGCAAGAGAAGAUGGCACAUGUGGAGGAACUAAGACUUAUUCAUGCCGAUAUCAAUGUGAUGGAGAGCACAAUCAAACAGUCUGAAAACGAUCUGAACAAAUUGCUAGAAACCACUCGGCGUCUCCACGAUGAGUACAAGCCUCUGAAAGAGCAUGUCGACGCACUGAGAAUGACCCUGGGACUGCACAGACUGCCCAACCUUAACGAAGAAGAGGAGAAGCUUUCACUGGACUACUUUGAAAAGCAAAAGGCAGAGUGGCAGAAGGAACCGCAUGAGCCCGCCAUCCCAGAAUCCCUUGCUGCAGCAGCGGCCGCCGCGCAACAGCUCCAGGUCUCCAGGAAGCAAGACGCACGCCAGACCGCUACCUUCAGACAGCAACCUCCUCCAAUGAAGGCUUGCUUAUCAUGCCAUCAGCAGAUUCACCGCAACGCUCCCAUUUGCCCGUUAUGCAAGGCCAAGAGCCGCUCCCGUAACCCAAAGAAGCCCAAGAGGAAGCCGGACGAGUAGGUCCUUGUCCAGCAUCAGCAUCAUCAGCAGCAGCAGCAGCAGCAAGGGGAACAGUCAAAACAACAGAUAUGAGACCAGCCAGGUAUACUUACUGUAGCUGCCUGGCUGCACUCGACAAAUCUACUUCCACACAAAGCAAAGUCCCCGUUGAAAAACAUGUAGCUCCCAUUUUGUCAAUAGCUGAACUCACGAUUAUGUUUUUUACUAGUGCUUUGGACAUGUCUGAAUAUGUAUGACUUCCUAACAUUGUCUGCAAUAACGGAAAAGGGAAACUUGACAAACAACCCAAAUCAUUUAGUCGGUAUUGUUAAUUGCUUUAGAUAAUGUAUUAUAAUUUGAUGCAUGUGUAUGUGCUUCCAUUGCUGUUAAAAUUGUGAUUUUCUGUGCCAAGAUAAAGCAGUUGUGUGUUUAAAAAAAGGGAAUAACAAAUACAUGAAAUACAUUGUUGUUUUGAUGUUUACAAUCCUUCAGUGGUUAUACGAGGCCCUUUUUUUGCUUUACAUGUGUUAACUUUAUUAUAGUAGUAAAAAUAAAUGGCUGUUUUGUAA